ACAUGCAUGGGACCAGCGCCAGACUUUAAUACUCGUUGAUACAUUCAUCACCACCACACAACAACAAAGCCCUACAAACAACUCCGAUAAUUCCCAUCGCGAAACUCGCGUUUAGCAAGGGCAUUGACUUCGCUUUCAGUUCUGCGCACGCGUUCAUACUUUCGGGGUGGUCUGCGCUUGCGCGAUUGAUUCUUUUCACUGGACUGGCUUCUUCUUUCUGGGGCUGGGCUGCGUAACGACUUCAAAUAUCAUGGAGAGUGAGAAGUCCAGAAUCCCUGUCUACAGUUUUCAACAACCCAAAGUCAUCAAUAUGCAGCAUUCAAAAGAUCAAUGUAUCAACAAAGAGACUUACACUGUCAAAGAGCCUGAUCUUACUUUUGGUGGAAAUGCUUCAGUAUGCGUUGUCUUCAAAGGCACAAAUCAAAGGCUUGUGAAGUCUUCCAAGAAAGCAGCAGCUGCACCACCACCACCAAAGAAAAUGGUCGCAGCAAUGGUGCGAAGCCCAGUGAGCAGAUACAGACGGGAAGCAGAGCUCAGGAACAAGAACAAACUGCUGGAAACCACUAAAUGUGACCUGAACUUAAAGUUGGCAGGAAUGCAGAGUGCUGUACAGGAUCUGAAGGAGCAGAAUGAUGUUCUGGAAAAGGAAAACCAGAAGCUGAAGCAAUUUCAGGAAACCUGCAUGUUGAUCCUAGAAGCCAGGAAUUGUGACCCAGUUACAGGCAACACCAUUUUGGAAGAAGAGGAGGUAGCCAAAAAAACAAGGAGUGAGGUAAUGGUUUUGACAGAGGUGCUGAAUGCUGACCUUGAACUGUUUAACCAGUUGGCUAAAGAGCAAAAAGAGAAUCUUCAGCAGAACACAAAACUUAAAUGGAAGCAAGCGGAGGAUGAUCAGGCCCACUUCCUACAGCAGCUACAGUCUUUUAAUAGCGAAAUAGAAGAGUUAUCUGCGUUAUCUGAGUUAUCUCUCUUGGAUCAAGAAGAUGCCCUCUUGAAUUCAUAAUAACAGGGAUCUUACGCUGCUGCCCUUCCUUAUUGAGCUCAAGUGUAUAAAAUUUAGUGCGACUUGAUUAUUUUGUGAAUGGCCUGGUUAUCUUUUUUCAUUAUCAAAUAAAAAGGGCUUGCUUUGCA